GGGUAGUGUUGGGCUUACAUAUUCCCAUAUUCCCUGUUGUUCUAGCAGCAAUAACUAAAUGGCGCAAGGGAUAUUGUUGAAACGAAAGUGAGUGAGAAGUAAAAGGGUGGACAAGACAGCUGUAUCACUGGUGGAUUCCAUAGCUGUCCUUCUAUGACGUUCUGUUGAGAUGAUAUUUCAAGCCAGUCAGCCUGCUCUGUCAGUCACUCUCACUCACUGCCUUUUUCUUACAAAAUGCUGGUAGUUAUAAUUGUGAAGACUAGCUAGGAAAAUGGAUAUAUCGUUAUAACAAUGGUUAAAUUAAUGUAGGUCAAACUUUGUUUAUCUAAACUUUCGAUGGCACAGAAAAGUGAAAAACAUAAAUCAUCGUUCCUUUUGACAGGAAAAUAGGCCGUAUGGUUAUGGAGAAUUUCUAAAUUCGGUUUCAGAUCUCGACCAGGCGGGGCCAAACGAGGUACUACAUUUAUAUAUACGUAAAUACACACACAGAUAGACAGGUAGAUAGAUAGAUAGAUAGAUAGUGUGUAUGGGAGAAUAAGUAUCCUAAAUGGAUAUGUCACACCGGGUAGUCUUUAACAAUUCGGGCUACAGGAACUUUUAGAACCAUUGUGUAAUAGUUUGAUAGUACGAUCGGUGGUUUGCUGCAAUAUCAAUAGUUGAUACACACAUACAUGUACUCUUACAUUCCCUCUCUUUCUCUCUGUUACCCUUAUUGAGAAUAGUUACUGCGCUAUCUGUUCGACUAACAAGUCAACGAAUUUCCCCACCCCUUUUAAAGUAUUUACCAUCAGUACAUUUGCAAACCGUUAUCUAACGUCACUGCGUCACAUGUGGAGGAGUUGUUCCAUCAUAGAUGUCGACUUAAUUGCUCUCGUACGCGUUCGUCUUCUCUAAGUCCGGGCUUUAUUUCACAUUGGGACCUGUAACAGAAACCGAAGGAAAAUGUCGACAACUCAUGUACCAAAUGUAUAUCUACUACCAGUGAUCCAGUUUGCAUCUGGUGGUUGCGCCGGUCUUGUGGAAGUGUCUUUGAUGCACCCACUCGAUUUAAUCAAAACAAGGUUUCAAAUUCAAAGAGGACCAGAUGAUCCAAACAGAUACACCUCCUUGUAUGACUGUUUCAAAAAAAUUUCUAGAAACGAAGGGGUUUUGACUCUAGCAGGACUAUUUUCAGGUCUCACUGAAGCUGUUAUUAUCAAUCCCUUUGAAGUGGUCAAAGUUAAAUUACAGGCUGAAAGGGACAACAUAAAGGGGCAAAAGAGUACUGUUGCUACUGCCAGAGAAAUAUUCAAAGAACAUGGAUUUGGUCGGAAUGGAUUGAAUAAAGGAUUAACAUCAACUUUAGGCCGACAUGGAAUCUUCAACAUGAUAUAUUUCAGUCUUUACCAUAAUGUGAAGAAUACAUUUCCUGAAACUGAGGACAAAGUUUUGGACUUUUUAAAGAAAUUUACUGUGGGCUUUAUUUCUGGUGUUCUUGGAUCUUGUGCUAACAUUCCAUUUGAUGUUGCCAAGAGUCGUAUCCAGGGCCCUCAGCCAGUUCCCGGUGAAAUAAAAUAUCAGAAAUGUUUCCAGUCUAUGCACUUGAUUUAUAAAGAAGAAGGAUAUUUUGCUCUUUAUAAAGGCUUAGUCCCAAAAGUUCUCCGACUUGGACCAGGUGCUGCCAUAAUGAUGAUUGUCUAUGAGCAUGUCUUUGACUGGCUGAAGAAAUUUAUCUAAUCUUAGAUUUAUAUUCUCAAUAUUUUUAUAAUUAUUCCGUGACAAAUCCCUAUUUUUUUUCUAAAUGGUGAUUGAUUUAUUCCUCCUUUUUGCUGAAUCUUUGCGUACCAGUUCCACUUUACUCAGGGAUCAGUUUAUUCCAGUGCUAAUUUAUUUGGGGAUUAUCUCACACAGUGAGAUAACCACAUACAAAAGUGAGUUAAUCACCACCUGCAACUGUGAGAUAUCCAUAUGGCAGAAAAUAGUACAUGGCUGAGAUAGUCACAUGUCAAGGUGAGAUAAUCCUACAUGCCAAUAUAAGAUAAUCACACACCAAGAUGAAAUAAAUGCAUAUCAGUGAUAUCUUAUGGCUGAGGUAACCACAUGCCAAGGGGAGAUAAUCGCUAAAUUUUAUUCAUUUCGUGAAACUUUUUUUUUAAUGUCUGUCUUGAGCCUAUACACCCAUUAUUACUCUGAUUUUCAUGGCAUUUAAGAAGCUACCAAGAGUAUAGGACCCCUCCUCUCCCACACACUGAAUGGAAUAUUAGUCCACUGCAAGUUUAACCUACUUCCUGGCUGCUGCUGCAACUACUCACUUUCAAUUGAAUGGACUGAAACCAAUGUAAAAUGAAGACCCUUGCUCAAAGACAUUAUAUUUCCCAGUCCAAAAAUUGAAGCCAGGACCUAACAUUUGUGAGCCCAACAAUGAAAUCACUUACCCAAAUGCCUUUCACUUAACAAGACUAAGAUUUAGUAAAUUUUUUGACAUUGCUUAGAGUCUCUAAUCACUUCGUUACAAUCCUAUUUCUCAUAAAAUGGAAAACUAUCUUUCAAAAAGUUUCUUAGUUUUAUGAGAAAAUACCAAUAAUUUUCCAUCCAUCCAUCUUUUCUGUCUAUUCUUGAGAAGGUCAUGUAGGUACAGUCCUCAAGCACCUCCUCCAUAGGGCCAUAAUGUGCUAUCUGAUAUAAUGAUCAUUACACUUUCCAUCUGGAUUCCAAAGCAAAACAAACUGAGACUAUGGAUAUUAUCUAACCAUUUUAUUUUUGGCCUAUCCUUAGGUCUUCAGUCAGUUGGCUUGACUUGAAGAAUCCAUCUUGCAAUUCUUUCCUGCGACAUCCUAAUCACAUGUCUGUAGUACCAGGGUUGUAACUUCUCAAUGCAGAGAAGUAGCUGAUUGACCUGGAGGGACUCCCUGAUCUCUAAGCUGUACACCCUGUUGAGUAAUAUUACUCAAUAAUCCAUCAGAGGAACCCCAUUUUGGCCACUUGUAUUUAGACUGCACUCUUUCAGUCAUUACCCAACAUUUAUGACUGUAAGUGAGGAUAGGCAGGAUGACUAAAUUAAAUUAAUUAUAUAAUUAUAUAAUCAACAAAUUACUUAAUUCUCAAAAUACUUUUGUCUAUCAAAAAUUAAGAACAAAAGUAAAUCUUAACCCAUUAGCAUUUAAUCUGGCCAUAUCUGGCCAAAAUAUUCUACUCGCUUUAUGUUCAAAUUGGCCACAUCUGACAUCUCACACCUACCCUACAAUGAUAUUUUGAACAUAAACAAUCACAUUAUUGAAAUCUCAAGGCUACAAGAUAAUCCAGAAUAAAUUCAAAAUAAUGUGAAUAUAUUAUAUUUGACAGUAUAAUCUGAACGCUAAAGGGUUAAAAUGGAUGAUUGAUUUCAUUUUUCAAACCCUUUGCAAAUGAAGUGUAUUUUCUUCCAUUAGCUACAAGUUUUAGAAUAUGAAAUAGGAUUUUAUGUUUCAAAUUGAACAUCCCUUGUAUGAGCUCACUAGUCAGGGAAGGACUGCAAUGGAUAUAGUCUCAGACUCACUUAACUGGAAUAAAUACUAAUUUCUCAUAGAAACAAGAUCUUUACAGGAAUGGUACAGUUGAUUCUGUUGAUCUGUUGAAAAAAAUAACUGCUAAAUCUCCCUUAAAUCAUACAUGACCUUCUUUUAAACAAGGAAAAAUACUAGAUUAUCUAGUCCCAUAUGUCCCUACAAAUACAGGCUGGUUAUAUGGCUGGAUUGCUUUUGAUCAUAGGUUUGCACAGUUGGAGCUGACCUGGAACUAAACAACAAUAACAGCAACUACAUCAAUUGCAAUUGUGAAAAAGCAAAACUGACCAGGGUGCAGAUUGUACUCAGAAUAUAAAUUGACGAAACUGUAUACUUUUGUAAAACGUUAUUAUUUUUUUUACUCUCUCAGUUCAUGUAUUAAUCGUUCUCGGACUAAAUAAUUAUAACUAUAUACAAAAAAGUCAA